UUGCUCAAUCUAAUGGAAACCCUAGCUGCUCCCAUGGAGACAUCUAUUUAAGGCGUAAACCUAAUCAGAAGAAAGAAGUGACUGCGACGCCGGAAUUCGCAAUGGGUGCGUACAAAUACGUGUCGGAGCUAUGGAGGAAGAAGCAGUCGGAUGUGAUGAGGUUUCUGCAGAGGGUUAGGUGCUGGGAGUAUCGCCAGCAGCCUUCAAUCGUUCGUCUUGUUCGUCCCACUCGUCCCGACAAAGCUCGUCGUCUCGGCUACAAGGCCAAGCAGGGAUUUGUUGUCUACCGUGUUCGUGUCAGACGUGGUGGUCGCAAGAGGCCAGUGCCUAAGGGUAUUGUCUAUGGUAAACCCACCAACCAGGGAGUAACACAGCUCAAGUUCCAGCGUAGUAAGAGAUCUGUUGCUGAGGAACGUGCUGGUCGCAAAUUGGGUGGCCUUAGGGUCGUUAACUCCUACUGGCUCAAUGAGGACUCUACCUACAAGUACUACGAGAUUAUCCUUGUAGACCCCGCACACAAUGCUGUCCGAAAUGAUCCAAGGAUCAACUGGAUCUGCAACCCCGUGCACAAGCAUAGAGAACUCAGAGGGCUCACCUCAGAAGGAAAGAAGAAUCGUGGUCUUCGUGGAAAGGGUCACAACAACCACAAGAACCGUCCUUCUCGCAGGGCUACCUGGAAGAAGAACAACAGUUUGGUUCUUCGCCGUUACCGGUGAUCAACUUUAUGUUUUGUUUUGCUGGUAUAUCAUCCGUGUGGAUUUGUGUUUCGGAAUUCUGGAAUUACAUUGGGAUGGAAGACUUUCACAUUCAAGAGUUUGUUUCAAGUUUUGAGGUCUUAAUAACUUUAAUUCUGACCAUAGAGCAAGUUUAAGUUAUUUUU